AGUGCUCCGCGACUGCCGGCCAAGAGGCUUCUGGGGAUUGCGCGGGCUCCCGCCGCUCAUCAUGGCGGCCUCCUUUGCUGGGAAGAAGAUCGUGUUUGUCACCGGGAACGCCAAGAAGCUGGAGGAGGUCAUUCAGAUCCUAGGAGAUAAGUUUCCGUGCACUUUGGAGGCACAGAAAAUUGACCUGCCGGAGUACCAGGGAGAGCCGGAUGAGAUCUCCAUACAGAAGUGUCAGGAGGCGGCUCGCCAGGUGCAGGGACCUGUACUGGUGGAGGACACCUGUCUGUGCUUCAACGCCCUCGGCGGACUCCCCGGCCCCUACAUAAAGUGGUUUCUGGAGAAGCUGAAGCCUGAAGGUCUCCACCAGCUCCUGGCCGGCUUUGAGGACAAGUCAGCCUAUGCGCUCUGCACAUUCGCCUUCAGCACCGGGGACCCCAGCGAGCCCGUGCGCCUGUUCCGGGGCCGGACCUCGGGCCGGAUUGUGGUACCCCGAGGCUCCCGGGACUUUGGCUGGGACCCCUGCUUCCAGCCUGAUGGAUAUGAGCAGACGUAUGCGGAGAUGCCCAAGGCUGAGAAGAACACCAUCUCGCACCGCUUCCGGGCCCUGCUGGCCCUGCAGGAAUACUUCGGCAGCCUGACUCCUCCUGGGGCCGCAGGAGCCCCUGGCCAUGGAUCCGGGGAGAGCUAGCCCAAGACCUCCGCCACCAGGCAGGCACCCCCUUGAAAAGUGCUUUCCUUCGCUGUUAUCUCUUCCCGCGGGUGUUGGGGCGGCCUCACCACACGCCCUGUCCAGAGGAGCAGCCGGUUCUGCUCAAGAAACUGGGCAAGCUGCCCCCAAGGCAGUGAUCUCUCCUACAGCCUCCAGGCCUGGGGUCCUGGAAGGACGACUGGGUGUUGAAACUGGCCAUGGCAGGACUGAAGGCGUGGGGAAGACCAAACAGCCUUAGAUAUUUUGAAAAUGCAACGGUGAUUCCCGGAGGCACUUGUUUCCAAAAUAAAUCAGGUGUAUCUGCGUGA